AUGUUCAACACAGAAGCCCUUGGGAGUCAGCUCAAGGACACAGUGGCAUCGUUUGCUGUAUGUGAGAUAUUAGAGGAAAAGGCGAAAGUUUGUGGACAGUUCAAGAAAGUAGAAGAGCACCUCAUUAAACGAGUCUUAGCAAAGGCUUUUGGCCUUCCAGUUGGACAUUUGGGUGUUUUCUUGCACACUUCAGCUCUGACAAGAAGUCCUGGAGGGGAUUUGGGAGCGAAGAAGAAGAAAAAGAAGCAGAAGAGAAAAAAGGAGAAACCAAAUUCUGGAGGCACCAAAUCAGAUUCUGCAUCUGACUCCCAGGAGAUUAAAAUUCAACAGCCUUCAAAAAAUCCAGCCAUUCCAAUGCAGAAGCUUCAAGACAUCCAGAGAGCAAUGGAGCUGCUCUCUGCAUGCCAAGGCCCAGCAAAGAAUAUUGAUGAGGCUACCAAACGUAAAUACCAGUUUUGGGAUACACAACCUGUACCUAAACUUAAUGAAGUUAUAACUUCACAUGGUGCAAUUGAACCAGAUAAGGACAAUGUCCGCCUAGAGCCAUAUUCAUUGCCACAAGGUUUUAUGUGGGACACAUUGGAUCUUAGCAAUGCUGAAGUUCUGAAGGAGUUAUACACGCUGUUAAAUGAGAAUUAUGUAGAAGAUGAUGAUAAUAUGUUUAGGUUUGAUUAUUCACCUGAAUUUCUUCUGUGGGCGCUACGUCCUCCAGGCUGGUUACCCCAGUGGCACUGUGGGGUUAGAGUGUCUUCAAACAAAAAACUGGUAGGAUUCAUAAGUGCCAUCCCUGCAAAUAUUCGUAUUUAUGACAGUGUGAAGAAGAUGGUAGAAAUCAAUUUUCUGUGUGUCCAUAAGAAACUGAGAUCUAAACGGGUAGCACCUGUACUGAUUCGGGAAAUAACCAGAAGAGUAAACCUGGAAGGAAUUUUUCAGGCUGUUUACACUGCUGGAGUGGUACUUCCCAAACCUGUGGCCACUUGCAGGUAUUGGCAUCGAUCACUGAAUCCCAGAAAAUUGGUGGAGGUGAAAUUUUCACAUUUGAGUAGAAACAUGACUCUACAAAGAACAAUGAAGCUCUACAGACUUCCUGAUGCCACAAAGACUUUGGGUUUGAGACCAAUGGAACAGAAAGAUACUAAAGCAGUACAAGAAUUAAUCAACGCUUACUUGAAACAGUUUAAUCUUGCUCCUGUGAUGGAUGAAGAAGAGGUAGCCCACUGGUUCCUGCCCCGGGAUCAUAUUAUUGACACUUACGUAGUAGAGGGCUCAAAUGGUAUUUUAACAGACUUCCUGAGUUUCUACACGUUACCUUCAACAGUGAUGCACCAUCCUGUUCAUAAAAGCUUGAAAGCUGCCUAUUCGUUUUACAAUAUUCAUACAGAGACCCCCCUCUUGGACUUAAUGAAUGAUGCACUCAUUAUAGCUAAAUUGAAAGGAUUUGAUGUGUUCAAUGCACUAGACUUAAUGGAAAACAAAACAUUCCUGGAAAAACUGAAGUUUGGGAUUGGAGAUGGAAAUUUGCAGUAUUAUUUGUACAACUGGAGGUGUCCUGGCAUGGAAUCCGAAAAGGUUGGUCUUGUUUUACAAUGAGGACACGUUUCUAGAACUCUGAGGUCAUCAUUUGAAUUAAUUUGAUCUCCAUAACUCUUGGAACGGUAUUGUUCAAGAGAAGUAAAAGCACAACGUCCGUGAUACUGAAAUAGCCCAUUAAAGCUGAACAAUGAAGACAUCCAGAUGUGACCAAAUUUAUGCAUUUUCAGAUAGAUCAGAAGGUUCAUGAAACACUUUUAUUGUCCAUGAAAAGAAUAAAAGCACAUUCAUUUAAGUUUCAAAGCUUAGCUUGCACCUUGAUGAGAAGAAGGUAUUUUUUUCCACUCUGUAGAAAAGACUGUUUUGUACAAACUGAACUUCAGUGGUGGAUUAGGGUACAAAAAUAUUUGCUAUUAUGUGGAUGAACUGCUGCAUUUCUAUUUAUUAAGUGGUGGUGUAUGUUUGUCAGUGUAACAGAAUGAAGGAUACAAACUUGAGUAUCUUUGCUUAUUUACUUCACAUGGAUAUCAUCAUUUGGGGGAAAAUCAUGAAGUACGAUACGUUUGUAGCUCUAUGAAAGUCCUGGAUGUUUUUGUAACUGGAGCAGUAUGACAAUGUACUGGUUUAACUAGUGCAUUUGUUUCUCCAUAAGCAACGCUGCCAAAUCAAUAAAAAUACAGAUUUGUACUUUGAUCUUCAAUA